UCCAAUAUACAUAAUAUAUACAGCAAAUAUACGCAAAAUAUGGUCAAGUCCAAGAUAAUUGGAAAGUUAUUGAAGGUUCAAUAUCUUCAUCAAUUGAUUCCCAAUUCCAAAAAUAAGUCAAAUAAUAAAGCUAUUGAUGAUCAAUUUCCCGACGAAGCGCCACGUGGAGAGACAUUUUUGGUGCCAAACGAUGUGAAAGAAGGACACUUUGUUGUUUUAUCGGUGAACCCCGAAGAGGAACCAACUAGGUUUGUGGUGGAACUGCACUGGCUAACGCAUCCAUCAUUCUUGAAAUUAUUGAAACAAGCUGAAGAUGAAUAUGGAUUUAGACAACAAGGUGUUCUUGAAUUCCCGUGUCGUGCCGAGGAAUUGGAGAAGGUUCUUGCUGCUGGAUGUUCGAACAAAGUUCCAAGUUUGGUAGCCAAAAAGUUUAAGAAGCUACAUGUUAGGCCUUUCGCAAAAAAUCGUGUGUCUUAGUGGAGUUCUUGUUGCUGUAUGUUCGAACAAAUUAAAGUUCCACGACAUGCAAGGCCUUUCGAAAAAAAUUGUACAGCAUAGUGAAAUUCAAAUAUUAAUUUUAUAUAUAUAUAUAUAAUGUUAAAGUUGAAACCAA